AUGUUCAUCUCUUGUUCAUUUGUUUCGCCCGAUGCUAGUUUCGACGCUAUUCGGGACUACAUCAUCAAAGAAACGGGAAACUCUUCAAACGUGGACUACAUUGCUGCUGACUUGUCUGUGAUGAAAGAGGUCGCCUCUCUUGCGGAUCAGGUGAAAAGUCGCUUUCCCGAUCUCAAUGUGCUGCUAUGCAACGCUGGAGUACUAAAUCCACGACGAUCUGAGACGAAGGAUGGACUUGAAAUGACGUUCCAGGUGGCGAAUUUCAAUGUUUCUCGGAAGGAAAAUCUCUUACAAUACAUAGCUACCUUCGUUGUUGAAGGUGAAAAACUAAAGGCCAGAUGGGCUGUGAUUAGCGAGAAGUCAUUCUAA